GCAAGAUCCAAAGAAAAGUAUACUCCUUUAUUUUUCAUGGUUUCAUACUACAAAACCUGCUCUUAUUUACAUUUUUUUGUCUUUAAACCUCAAAACAAAAGACAAAAAAAAAACGGAAAACUUUCUUUUUUCCGGACACAUAAAAACAACACAAACUUUAUUAGACAGAAACAAACUAGUAAAAAGAUUUUGAACAUCAAGAAACAAAAAUCUCUCUCUGUCUUUCUCAAUUAUGAAACUCACCUAUCAAUUCUUCAUCUUCUGGUUCUUUUUACCAUUCUUUGCAAUCUCCGGUGAUGAUGAUUAUAAAAAUCUGAUCUUUAAAGGUUGUGCAAAUCAGAAAUCUCCAGACCCAACUGGUGUUUUCUCUCAGAAUCUCAAAAACUUAUUCACUUCUUUAGUUUCUCAAUCAUCACAAAGCUCUUUCGCUUCCGUAACCUCCGGAACUGAUAACACCACCGCCGUGAUCGGUGUUUUUCAGUGCCGUGGCGAUCUCCAAAACGCUCAGUGUUACGAUUGCGUCUCCAAAAUCCCUAAACUCGUUUCUAAACUCUGCGGUGGCGGCAGAGAUGACGGUAAUGUGGUGGCGGCUCGUGUUCACCUCGCUGGAUGUUAUAUCCGGUAUGAGAGUUCAGGAUUCCGGCAAACUUCCGGUACGGAGAUGUUGUUCCGUGUCUGUGGGAAAAAAGAUUCUAACGAUCCUGGGUUUGUCGGGAAAAGGGAGACGGCGUUUGGUAUGGCGGAGAACGGCGUGAAAACUGGAUCAUCCGGUGGUGGUGGUGGCGGAGGAGGUUUUUACGCGGGGCAGUAUGAGUCGGUGUAUGUGUUGGGACAGUGUGAGGGUAGUUUGGGAAAUUCAGAUUGUGGGGAAUGUGUGAAAGAUGGAUUUGAGAAAGCAAAGAGUGAGUGUGGAGAGUCGAACUCGGGACAAGUUUACCUUCAGAAGUGCUUCGUUAGCUAUAGUUACUACUCUCAUGGUGUUCCCAACAUAGAGCCAUUAUCAGGUGGAGAGAAGAGACAACACACAGAAAGGACGAUAGCUUUGGCGGUGGGAGGAGUUUUUGUUUUAGGGUUUGUGAUUGUUUGUUUGUUGGUUUUGAGGUCUGCCAUGAAGAAGAAGAGUAAUAAAUAUGAUGCUUAUUGAUUCUUAUUUUUACCUACCAAUUCUUAUUUUCCCAAUUAAAAAUUUAACAAGGUAUAUUAGAAAAAUGAUUAGUAUAGCAUGUCCAAUUGUAUAUUCAAUUAUGAUAUUGAUUUAAAUACAAAUAAAUUUUGAUUUUU